GGUAUCAAUUUCCAAUGGUUGCCUUUUCUCUUUUUAAACCUCUCUAGCCUGGCAGCAGCUAAAAGCUGUUGUAUAAAUCACAAACUGUCAAAUUGACUUGAAUAUAGGUCGAACAGAAAUAUUGUUGGACCCCUGUAUAUUGAACUUGCCGGGAAAUAUAAAAAUAAUAGUUAGAAUAUAGGUCGACCCAGAUCUUUUUAGACAGCCGAAAUGCUUUGAGCAUGACACACCUUUAUAUACUGUAGCUCAGCUACUAAAUCUCGCUAGUCGAUGUCACAAGCUGCAUCCUCGUUGGAACUGCCAGGGAAGUCAUCCUUGUUGGAUGCUUCACAGGUGUCCUUGGCACCCCAAACAGUGUUGUCUUUGGUGCCAUUGAGCGCGUUAGAUAUGCAGCAUUCUUAAAGCCAGUAUGGAUAAUCUCCAGACUGACUUUACUGUGUGCGCAGCGAAGGAACUCUGUUAGCUCAGUAGUAUUGCUAGCUUUGUUCUUGAAUAUAGGUGCAGAUUAUUUGGUCACGAAUAUAGGUCGAUAGCUCAUUUUCAAAAAAAAGAAAGAGGCCGUACUAUAUUCGAAUAAAUAUGGUAGUCUAUUAACAUUUGUAAUUGUGACAAUGGACCAUGGUGCUCUGCUGCUGAGGGCAAAGACAUUUUGUUGCUUUAACAUGCCAGCCAUGGCUGGCUGGCUGGCUGGCCGAGUGCAGUGUUGUAUGUUUCGAUUAGGAUUAAACGAUUGCCCUUCCCCCGUCAGACGCUGCCAAAAUCUCUGAUGUCACGAGGAGUUGGUGCGGGAAGUUCACGUUGGUGUCGCCACCCGUAUUUCUCCCAUUCAACGCUCACGGUCCCCAAGUGCACCGCAUAUCUCCGCACUGCGAUCCAGAUGUGGCCUUGGUACAUAAAACCCUUCAAUUUUAUUAGAAGCUGUCGCCACUGCAGCCACGGUGCCGUGGGCGCGAGACCGCGCCCCCCCUCGCGACGGCUCUAACGGAAAGCAAUCUCGAAGGCCGUGCUUUUGCUGUAUAGUGGGCGCCAACAACAACCGUCGCGACAGCAAUCUCGGACUAAUAAAACUAAUAUCGAAGGCCAUGCUUUUGCCGUACUGUAGGCACAAAAAAAAAAAAAAAAUGUCGACGUCAUGGUGCUUAUGUUGUGAACAUCAUUUGCCACAGGGCAUCAUCAUCAUCAUCAAAGGCGUGGAGAGGGAAAUGAAGGUGUGAAACACAAACAAAACAAGAAAGCACGUGCUUCCCGCUAACGCCAGCAGAUUACAUGCGAGUUCUCAGAUGACAGUUAUGUGUAUGGUGAUAACAGGCGGCAAUGCCUCGGGUAGACUUCUUGCCCGCAUACGACAAUUCUGGCUCUUACACAAGGCUCUACCGCGGCAGCGUCCUGUUCCUUAAGUACACCUGGCACGAGCUGCUGCUGCUCUUCUGUAAUGUCGUCAACAUUUUUGUGCAACUCGGCAUGGGCUUCCCGCUGCUCAUCCAGUCUGCGCAAGAAGUGCUCGUCAUCCCCCUCAACACCACCUCGAUUGACAGCAGCGAAGUCGUUUUGCAGCCCUACGACCCGUUCGCCUUCGAUGUCAUCGUUCUCUUUUGUGUGGCAUUCGGAGCAUGGUUUGGCAUCUCCGGAGUUCUUUUGGAGCACCAAUACGAGAUAGUACUGCACGUAGCCUGCAUGGUGUUGGCGUCUGUGUACAGUGUCACGGAGUACUAUGUGUCUGGAGACGAUGGCAGCUCUCUGCUCAUUGUGUAUCGAGCACUAGUGUCCGCAACGCUGACAAGCGUAUCAGCAAUCCUUGCCAUCAAGGCUGUGUUUCAUCCGACUUGGACAGAAUUUGUGCUUGUCGGAGUCGCUGAAGGAAUGAUCGAGAUGUACAGAUCAUUCUGCAAGUUUCUCGCCAUGCUGAAACUGGAGUUCGUGUCAUAUGUCAUAUUUGGGAUCCUGGUGCUGAAUGCCGGUGUUAAUAGCUCCUUGUGGCAGUUCACAACUCUGAUGAUCAUUCUUGCAUACAGUCUUGCCCUGUGGUUGAUUGGGUCAUUUGGUGUGAGAAAAGAACGUCCAAUCAUGGUGUACACAUACGUUGCACUCAGCAUGAUAGCGCCACUGUUUCUUGUUUUAGAGAUCAGUGCCAGAUUUCCGAGCAAAACCAUUCAGAUCGCCGACAUACCCGUUGUGCACGUUGUUGCAGGUGGCUUCUGCAUUCUCAUGCGAGUCUAUCUCCACAUUGAAUUGCUUCACGUCUUCAAGAACUUCAAUUGCGGACUUAUUAAUCAAGAAUUCCUAGGUCUUCUAACACCAGAGACCACUGGCCUGCUAUCUGGGAGGAGACAUUGAAUUGAUGGUCGUGCCAGAUGGACCGUGUCACAAAAGAGCCUUGGUGCGUGCGUUACACCUAGGCAAUCAUGGGAGGACUACUUUGAAUGCAACGGCAUUUAAGAGGUGCGAGGAGAACUCAGAAAUUAUUAAUCCUCCGUGCUCGUUGUGUAAUCUAACUGAGCUAACAUGGCUUGUCUUGUCUAGGCUACACAUAACCAGCGAGACUUCCUGUAGAAAAAUGCCUAUGUCUUCUAGAUGGCCAUCUUGCUGUUGUUUAAUGCCUUGCUAACACUAACCUGUGAACCCGGAAAACGUGCUAGCCGACUUUAAGAUGGCUGGCACCCAUUUGGUGAUUUUUUUAACAGCUCUAUUUAACAGUUAUUGUUAUACUCUUGUUUGACUUUGGUUUUAAGACAUUAUUAUUUUUGUACGUUUUUUUUUUAUACUUACAUGUUUACUUAAUUUCUAGUGAUAGCACUAUGCAUGCAUGUGUUGCAUGAGAACUGUUAGAGGCCCCUUUACUCAGGGUUUCUGUUGGAGUGAUUUGGGAGGCGUUUCGACGAUGCGAUGUAAUGCUUGCAACACUGAGCUCUAAAAAUUCAUUUGUUUAUGAUUGUACUGGAAAAGGGACAACUUUGUAAAUGGGAAAAGUUCAUCGGUGAAUUGCUAAGCUUGGAUGAAAUAACCAUUCUUACUAUCUAGUUUCAGAGCACCAGAAGAAUCACUUAAUUGUGAUUUUUUUGAAAUUAGUAUUCCUGUUCUUUACGUCACCUGAUGAUCUGCCCUAGAAGAUCCUGAAGCAUGAAUAUAUAUUUACUAAUCAAUGUUUAUGCUUCAAGACUAGAAAAACUGCUACACUUUGCAGCUCUCGAAUAUAUCCUGUUAUCUUAGUGCUAGAUUUUGCUUUACAAGAGAUAAAGUGUAUAAAAGGUGGCCCCUGGGUCCAGUAUUGUCACCAAUUGCACAGUGAUAGUAGAGAUUGAUGGAAAGAUGUUGGUACAUUUCAAAUAGUAGUCAUUACCCAGUGCCUUAAGAAAUUUUGCAUGCAGCAUGUUGUCCUGAAUCUCAAUUUUUGUGCAGCUACGAAAAAAAAAAAAGAAUAGCGUGAAAGUUGAAUUUUUAUUUAGGGACCAAGUAGGCACUGCAUAUUUCUUUAUUCAUUCUGCGAGUUCAUGCGUCAGUUUAGCCUGUUUUGUGGCUGGUGCACUGUUGGUCGUUCAGUCCAUGAAUCAAGUCAUCAGCAACUCGUGGAUGAAACAAAACCAAGAAAAAAAACCAAAGAACUUUACAUCGUGAUUUGUGUCAAAUGAACUGUUUGCACUUGAAAACGACUUGCAUCGUGUUAAGCAGCCUGUGUGUGUGAGACUCCCGGGAGCUGAAGAUCAACACAACCACUCAUUUUAAAAAUAUAGCGAGUUCGGCAUUGAAUAACUCGUAACUGUAAUAUUUUUUUUAAUUCUCGUUCAUUUAUUUCAUGUAGCUUUUGGAAUACAAUGUAGUGUCAGUAACCUAAGAGCCUAUGUGUGAAGUGUACUGUAUGUUUAGAAUGAUGCAAUGUGCGCCUGGAGACAAACACAACAUUAAAUUAUGAAUAUGUGAAUCAAGAUCACCUAUAAAAACAUAAUAUGAGCUGAAAGAAUUGGUCAAUAACGAAUAAUUUUUUUCAGUCAGGCCACUACCUCUUGUUUCAUGCUCUUUAUUAUUAUCAUUACAACAAGUUCAGAUUUAAGAUGUGUGAAGCCUGUUCUACACUUCUAUACGACAUGUCAAAGCUCUUUUCAGUUCUCUGUAAGAAGUUCGUGAUGGAUGUUUGUGGCAGCCUGUUUACCUGAUGGCAUGUUACCAGCAGAAAUAAAUGGAUU